GUUUGAACUGUAAUGCAAACGUUGCUGCAGCUUGCAUCAUAAUGAGUUAAGUCAGCACAUAAAGCGAUUAAAAAAAAGAGCAGUUAAAAGAGCAGAUUUAAACAGCGUCGGCUAUUAACUUCCCUGGGAUUUAAAAUCUACGUUUAAAUAGACAUUUGGAUAUUAGUAAUAUCUGCAUUUAAACCUGGACGUUGGUCUGUUUAACCCUGAAGCAAACUAGCUGUGCCUAAUGCAGGCUUUGAAACAAUUCAGACAGACCAUAAUACUGUGGGAGCUUAGACAGCUUUGUCUGUACUUGCACCUCUCUGCGCAUUUUUCCAGGACUAUGAUCUUUGUCUGCAAUUAAUCAUUGUUCAGGACGGCCGUUCCCGAUGGUAGAACCCAUGAAGCGUUCCAGCUGGGAGAGGUCCUAAAGCGUGUGCCUGGCGCUGCGUACGUGCAAACCAGGGCCAGAAACUGCUGGGGCAGCAGGCGUUGUACAGCGAGCCCGCCGUGCCGACCCAGUGAGUUGUGUGGGUCCUCAGCACUUCUGGAAAUUGUUUUUAGAUUCUCCAGAUUCAGUUUUGAGCACAGAGGUCGGGGAUGAGAUCCAGCAUCACUGCAAUAGCUCUGCCAGCCUGUGUUGACAAAUUCCCCCCCAUCGCUCCAUGAAGCUGUGCCAGCACAUCUGGGAGCCACACAUAUCGCCUAGACCCACGGGGACCGAGUUAUGGUGGUGUUGGCAGAUGCUUGCUUGUUCAUUUCAUGCUUUUCAGAGAUUACUCUUCGUAUCUGAUGUUCCAGAAAAGCACAGGAUGAUCUUAACCUUGUCUUGCCCGUUUUUUACAACAGAACUUGGCUUGAGAAUUCACACUUCAGUGAGGAACAGAAACCUGAAACUGCCCCUGAGCACCUACUGCAUCAGGUUGAGACGUUACCGUGUUGAUUUACAUGCUCUUCAAAUUUGUUAAGUGGAGGAGUUUUUUUCCCCACACACAACAACUGCAAAGCCAAGAACUCGGUUUCAAAUGAAAAGUGAGAUUAAAAAUACAGCCUGUUGGCCACACAUAUACCAGGCAGGCCAUUCUUGGCCCUCUUAGUUGGCACCCCUGAUUUAAAGCAUACCAGAGAAAAUAACCCAAGCACCAGUAUGUGUUCCCUAUAAAUAGCUGCUCUCUAGGUAGCAGUCAGUGUGUGGUUUAUGGACAAAACCCAUCCAAACGACAUCAAAGUGCCUGGUUUUGCCGUGUUGUGUGUCUAAUUUGGCCAACACCUCCUGUUGCAGAGCAUCGUCCUGUUUUCUUUCACAGUCCUCUGAACCUUAUGGUAGCGUUUUGGACAGGUUUUAUGUAGAGUUUAUUGAAAGAUUCGUGCACUGAUUUACUACAUGGACUGCUCGAGCCAAGUGAAACAGGAACUGUGUUCCUAAAGCAUGAAAAGGCAGAAAGGAAAUUUUCUUAUUGAAAUAUAAUUUUUCCACAUUACUUAAUAGUCUAGAAAGUUAAUACCUUUCUGGCAGCACUCCCCACUGGGAAAAAAAAAUAGUUCCUACUCAGCCAAACAACAAUGUAAUAAUGUUUUAGGUUGCAUUAAACGUCUUAGAAACUGGCAGGUGUCACAGCCACCUUGCCUUCAGUGAAAAAGGCAAUUGAGAGCCCUUAUGAAACAGGGGAUUUACAUCAGUAGGGGCUACUACACAAAAACCAGGCACAUGGCAAGGUCUGAAUAGAUGGUGAAUCAUGUGGCCCAAGGGAUUUUUCAGGGUGGGGGCGUGUGUGUAAAAUACCAGACCGUGAGGACCAGAUGGUGGAGCUCUGCAUGCGCAAGAGAAACAGUGAAGAACGCUACAGAAAUGGAUACUGAGAAGCAGCUGAAAGUCAAGGAGAAAGAGCUUGGAUUUUGAAAAAUGGCAUUUCCAGGGCUAAGUGACAGUUGAAAUAGGCUUGGGAUUGUGAGCAAAAACACAACUGCAGAAAGAAAAUGGUACAGUUGUUCUGUAAAUAAAUUGAUUUAUCUUGACUAUAUACCCAGCUUUGUCAUAAGCUUCUAUUACACUGAUAUUGUCACCCAUAACUUCUUUGUGUGUGCAAGGUGCAGUUCAGCUUCCCUACGUUACAGCUUCCCCUUCCCUACGUUACAGCUUCCCCUUCCCCGUCUGCUGGGUCAAUUGACACUAAAUUCUAUGGGGCAGAGAUUUUUCAGUAAGGAUCUGUGCCUAUGACAAAUAAUUGCUUGUGUAACAUCUGGAAUUAUCAGAAAUUCACUCUACUUACACGCUCAUCUUGGAUGGGAAUAAGCAGUGAGCAGAGCUGUCCACUCCUCCUUGGACGAUAAAUACAGUGGAAAACAAGCAGCAAGUCACUACCACUUCCAGUGCCAGCAACAAAAUGUGUUUCAGGGGUUCCUCAGGGGGUCUUGCCUUCCGCCUGUCGUGGCUGGCACUGUGUACGCUGUCCCUCGGCCAUCUGGACUGGGAUCCAGCACUGCAGACAUUGAGGUUGAACUGGAAGACAUCCUCUCAGCCAAGGGUGACCUGGGAUAAACCAACACCGUGCUUGAAGCCCAAAGGGGCUCCCAGAAGGCAUAAACGAGGACUGGGGUGGAGGAUGCUGGCGCCACAGCUGCUGAUGGGGAUGAGCACCCAAGCACAGGUGACAUGGGAUGAUGGGAAGAGCGAAAGGGACAGAGUUGAGCAGCCCCACAUGGCUGGAGGCCUUGGAGGCUCAUGGAGGCUCACCAGGAGGAACAUAGAUGCACAGCCUCUCUGAGGUUUGGGGAAGAAGUUCUGACGGGGAGUUGAAGAGGCUCUGCGGCUGUGUCCACCUCGGUGCUGGGACGCAGUGGGUGUUGAGGGGGGUGCGGUGGCCCUGUGGGUGUUGAGGGGGUCCUGCAGCUCUGCAGGAGCUUAGGGGACUCUUGCAGGUGCAGCUCUAUGGGUGCUGAAGGGCUCCUGCAGGUGCUGAGGGGCUCAUGCAGUUCUGUAGGAGCUCAGGUGGCUCCUGUGGGCACUGAGGGUCUCCUGUAGGAGCUCAGAGGGCUCCUGAAGGUGCGGUGAGACUCCUGCGGGUUCUGAGAGGCUCCUGCAGGUGCUGAGGGUCUCCUGAGGGAGCUGAGGGUGUCCAGCAGGCGUUCAGGUUCUCCUGCGCGUGCUGAGGGUCUCCUGCAGGAGCUGAGGGUCUCCUGUGGAUGCUGAGGGUCUCCUGCAGGCGCCGAGGUUCCCCUGUAGGAGCAGAAGGUCUCCAGCAGGCGCCGAGGUUCUCCUGUGGGAGCAAAAGGUCUUCAGCAGGCGCCGAGGUUCUCCUGUGGGAGCAGAAGGUCUCCGGCAGGCACUGAGGUUCCCCUGUGGGAGCAGAAGGUCUCCGGCAGGCGCCGAGGUUCUCCUGUAGGAGCAGAAGGUCUCCAGCAGGCGCCGAGGUUCUCCUGUAGGAGCAGAAGGUCUCCAGCAGGCGCCGAGGUUCUCCUGUGGGAGCAGAAGGUCUCCGGCAGGCGCCGAGGUUCCCCGCGGCCGCUCGGUCCCGCCCCGGGCGCUGGGGCCGCUCCAUGGCGGCCAACGGGGCGCUGUCAGGGCUCAAGAAGGAGGUGAAGGCGGUGAUCGUGGGGGACGGCGGCUGCGGGAAAACCUCUCUGCUGAUGGUGUUCGCCGAGGGCUCCUUCCCCGAGGAGUACAAACCGUCUGUCUUUGAGAAGUACAGCACCCGCCUGGCCGUGGGCAAGAAGGAGGUGACCCUGAACCUCUACGACACAGCAGGCUUUGCAGCUGCUCGUUCAAUUCAAAGUUUCCAUUUCUUGCUGUGCUCGAUACACCCAAAGGCAUUGAGAAGGCAGGAGGAUUAUGAUCGGUUACGACCGCUUUCUUACCAGAACACAAACGUCGUGUUAAUUUGUUACGAUGUCAUGAACCCCACUAGCUAUGAUAAUGUCACAGCUAAGUGGUAUCCUGAGGUGAAUCACUUCUGCCGAGGUGUCCCGCUCGUACUGAUCGGCUGCAAGACAGACCUUCGGAAAGACAAAGAACAGUUGCGCAAGCUCAAGGCUGCUAAGCAGGAACCCAUUACUUACAGCCAGGGUGAAGCAGCUUGUCAGCAGAUUAAUGCCGAAGUUUAUCUGGAAUGCUCAGCAAAAUAUAGUGAAAACAUAGAAAAUGUUUUUAAAGAAGCAACCACCAUUGCCCUGAAUGCCAUGAAAAAAGCCAAGCGCCAAAGGAAACGGACAGUGUGCUCCAUGUUGUGACCUGGAC